CACAUAUACACAAUAAAAUAUGAGUUCUUCAAGCAGUGAAAGCGAACGCAGUUCGGAUACUGAAAACUCAGAUAUGGCAAAUGAAAAUUUACUUUCAAAUUCCGGCGAUGAGGAUACAAUUGUGGCUAAUUCAGUGGUAAAUCCUUACGAAAAUGAACCUCUUGCGAACGCAGUCGGAGAGAAUUUUGUGUCGGUCGAAGAAGACGCAGAUGGCUUAGACCCUCGAACAUUGGAAGCGAGGUUCGAAGGAACCUUUCAGUUAGAUAAGUGGUGUGCAUGUAGCUUGGGUCGUACUCAACUGCUGACAGAUGCCAUUGAAUACCGUUGUUGUCAAUAGGUUGGGCCUACUUUACAUAAACUGGUAUUCGAUGUUAGCAUUGAAAAAAAUUAGCUGUGUUACUCUUCACGAAGAGUACACGAUUAUGACACAUGCUACAGUCUUGAACAAUGUUGGAAGAAUGUUGGCUCACUUCUAAGAGACCAAGAUGGAAGGUCAUACAAGCGUAUGACCAAGAAUA